AUGUCAAAAGUUCAAGCAUCUGUCGUUAAAGUUCCAGAUAGCGAACUCAUUGAAUUUCUUCAACGUUACGUUCGACGUAAGAGGAAAUAUUAUGCCAUCGUUGAAUUUAUACAGUCAGGAAUGCAAAAGACUUCAGAAGAGAUGGAAAGAAUUAUUGACAAACACCACUUACGUCAAUACUCAGGAGUUUACGAUAUGAAACGACUUACAAACUACAUUCUGUCAAAACUUUCAAAAUACCCCUUCAAAAAGUAUCCUUCAAAUACUCUGCUCGUUUGCGACGACUUCGCCGGAAAAGGUUUAGUGUCAAAGCCUGACUCACCAUUAGCUAACAUCAUUACUAAAGUCAGACAUUACCACUUAACUGUAGCAAUACUUAUGCAAACAUGGCGUUUUCUUGCUUUAAACAUAAAACGUCUCAUAACUGACUUCGUUAUCUUUCAAGGUUUCUCACGUUAUGAUAUUGAACUCAUUUGGAAACAGUCAGGUAUAACAUUACCUUUUGAAGAAAUUUGGGAAGCAUAUAAGUCUCUCAUCUCUCCUCGUUCAUACCUUGAGAUUCAUAUCAUGACUAAUACCAUUAAAGUCAAAAAUAUUCCAUGGGAACGACCAACAUUGUUUUAA